AUGGGUAGCCACACAACAGCUCUUCUCCUCCUGUGUUUCCAGCUGAUCACCACGUCGCUGUCUCAAUCUCAGCUGUCCAGUCAAGACCUCCCGGCUCUUAUCAAGAUCAGGGAGCAGUUCAGCAACCCGGACGCGCUCGCGGGAUGGCGGACCGGCACGCUCUGCUGGGGGUGGUGGCCCGCGGCCUGCAACGAGCAGGGCCGCGUCACCAAGCUCUUCCUCGAGCGACUCAACAUCACGUCCGCGCUCCCGCCGGCCAUCAGCGAGCUCGACCAGCUGGAGACGCUCAGCAUCGUCGAGAUGCCGGGCCUGCACGGCCCCAUCCCGGACUCCUUCUGCAACCUGUCGCACCUCUCCAUCUUCAACCUCAUGGUCACCUCGGUGUCUGGCCCCAUCCCGGCGUGCCUCUCCCGCACCAACCUCUCCUCCGUCAGCUUCUUCCGCAGCAAGCUCAACGGAACAAUCCCCAGGUCGCUGUGGAAGCUCCCGUUCUUUACCUACUUCGACGCCGCCUACAACAACUUGGUCGGGCCCAUCCCGCCGCUGCUGGUGCACGGCGGCAAGCCCGACCGGCCGUUGGGCCUGAUGCUGGACGGCAACCGGCUCAGCGGACCUAUCCCCUGGACUUUCGCGCUCGAGAGGCACAUGAUCCAGUUCAGGGUGGCCAACAACAAGCUCACCGGCGACCCGUCGUUCCUCUUCGGGCGGCGCAAGACGGUGACCGGCACUAUCGACCUGUCCGGGAACAAUUUUCGGUUCAACCUCACCGGCGUGGAGAUGCCGAUGCAGUUGUCUUUCCUAAACCUCAGCCACAACCGGAUCUAUGGCGGCGUGCCGGCGUCGCUCCGGGACACCAGGGUGUCGAUUCUGGAUUAA